CUUCCCACUUUCGUUUGCUCACCUCACAACAUAGCGUUGGCUUGGUGCAUCAGGGUGCUGUCGUCUGCAAAGUCCGUCGGUGGUUCAGUGAGACGUGGCCUCUAGUUUAUCAUCUUUCGUAUCUUGCUUAUCUAUGUCGAAUACGGGCACCUGGAUACCUAUGUAGCUGCUCAGUGAAAGUGAUGGAAGUGCUUACAGCCGGUUUGACCGUGGCUUCGGCGGCUAUGUGUAGCCCCUGGCAAUGUUAUUCCUCCGGCUGUGCCCCGCAAAAACCACUUUCGUGCUGAGCAUCUCGUGUGAUCUUCGGCAGUGGAAUGACCGGACCACGGAUUCGACUUUGGUACAUUUGCUGGAAUGUGUUUAGCAAAUUGUGGAGGUUCGACUCGUACGGAUUAACAUAGCGUGGGACGUUUGUUGACAAGCCAGGCCAUGGCGUCUGCUGAAGGGGCCAGUUUGGGUUCCCUGUCUACCAUCGAGCAGACGGAAGGCUUCUGUGCCCGCUGGGGACGGAGGCUACGUUGCUGGGGCCGCAACUUUAGACGCCGGAGAAGCAAACGGGGUGCGGGACCGCCCCCGAACCGUAUCGUGGUGCCCAACCACUUGGCUGGUUCCACUGAAGAGCUUCCGAACAAGGGCAGUGCGGGCAACGGCAUCCAGACCACGAAAUAUACGCUGUUGUCUUUUCUGCCCAGGAACCUUUUCGAACAGUUCCACCGUUUCGCCAACCUGUACUUUCUGGGAAUAGUGCUUCUGAAUUGGGUGCCUCAAAUCAACGCUUUCGGCAAGGAAGUGGCAAUGAUACCAGUGUUGUUUGUGUUGGGUGUGACUGCAAUCAAAGAUGCCUUCGAAGAUCAUCGGAGGUACAUCUCCGACAAACGGGUCAACAAUUCAACGUGCCGCGUCUACAACAAGGAAUGUGGAAGGUACAUGAAGACUUUAUGGAAGCACGUCCGUGUGGGGGACAUCGUCCAUCUGUCGUGCAACGAAGUGAUCCCCGCCGAUAUAUUGCUACUGAGGUCGUCCGACGAGCAGGGCUUGUGUUACAUCGAGACGGCAAACCUGGACGGAGAAACCAACCUGAAACAACGGCAAGUCGCAAGAGGAUACGCAGAGCAGCGGGAAACAUUCCACCCGCUGUCCUUCAAGAGCACCGUUGAAUGUGAUGCGCCAAACUGCAAGAUCUACAGGUUCCACGGCUUCAUCUGUCACCCCGACAAUGCGAAAGUGCCAGUGUCAUCGGAAAAUUUGCUCCUUCGUGACUGUGUCCUCAAGAAUGCUGACUACAUCGAGGGAAUUGUUCUUUACGCUGGUUUUGAAACGAAGGCGAUGCUCAACAAUAGCGGUCCGAGAUAUAAGCGCAGUAGACUGGAGAGAUUUAUGAACAGAGACAUCAUCUGGUGCAUCGUUAUUUUGCUUUUUCUAUGUUCGUUCGGUGCACUUGGUAGUGCACUCUGGCUGAAAUCUUACGAGUUCCGCAAAGACGUAAUUUUCAUCGCGUAUGAGCAGGAGUCUGCACGAUACAACCCAGCGAUCGAAGGGUUUAUUGCCUUCUGGACGUACAUCAUUAUACUACAGGUGAUGAUACCAUUGUCACUCUACGUAUCGAUCGAGAUAAUCAAACUUGGCCAAGUCUAUCACAUCCACGAAGAUAUAGAACUAUUCGACGAACGUUCCAAUCGAAGACUUGAGUGCAGGGCGCUCAACAUACCCGAAGAACUGGGCCAGGUGGAGUACAUUUUCUCGGACAAGACCGGGACGCUCACGGAAAACAACAUGGUGUUCCGGCGCUGCACCAUCGGUGGCACAGAUUACAAUCACCAUCAUCCCAGUAUUGGUGAAGAAAUGAACAACGUAAGGGUGGAUCGAUGCAACUAUUACUCGAAGCCGUCAAAGGAUGAUACAGCGUUCACGCUAAACCCACACCUGCAAAAAGAACUAUCUCACCUCGACUACCAGCUUCGAACCGAUUCCGCAGCCAGCGAAGUGUACCUGACUAGAGAGAGCCAGCGGAUCCAGGACUUCUUCCUUCUCAUGGCCACCUGCAACACUGUGAUUGUGUCAAAAUAUCCGCACAAGGACCUUAUGAAUGCCAGUGGCCUGUACCUCAACAACGGUGUCUCGUCGCUGUCGCCCGAGCGGCGGCGUUCGGCUCGGAACCAACUCCUUCCACCUGGAGCAGCUGCAAGCCCGUCCCCGGCAGCUUCACGAUGCUCAACGCCGACACGUCCAAACCGCCUAGCCCUGGCUUUCUUUGGGGGUCGGACGACGCCACCGCAGCGUACGCCAACACCCACCCCUGGCGGAGAGCUACAGCCCAUCUAUGAAGCCGAGAGCCCCGACGAAAUUGCUCUGGUCGACGCGGCAUCACGCUACGGUUGCCGGCUACUGAGACGGACACCGGAUUCUGUAGUUUUGACGUUGCCAGGAGAGGGCCUGAUUGAAUUCAGAGUUCUUCACGUUCUUCCAUUCGACUCGGUGCGUAAGCGCAUGUCUAUAGUUCUGCAGCAUCCCAUCACAAAACAGAAGGUCCUUUAUUGCAAAGGGGCAGAUUCUGCAAUCCUACCCUUGCUUGCUCCCACAAAAGAUAAAGAGAUGCAGCAAGUGAUACUGCGCACUCAGCACCACCUAAAUCAGUACAGCAAAAAAGGGCUAAGAGUGCUGUGCAUGGCAAAGAAGUUGCUCAGCGACGAGGAGUAUGAGGAAUGGCUUCAGCAGCACAAAGCCUCUGAGAUCAGCCUCAAGGAUACUGACGAGAAGCUGGCCGUGUCGGCUGGUCUGUUGGAGACGGACCUCGAGCUCCUGGGUGCAACAGGGAUCGAGGACAGACUGCAGGAAGGGGUUCCGGAGACGAUAGCUGCCCUCCGAUCGGCGGGAAUAGUUGUCUGGGUGCUCACUGGAGACAAGCAGGAAACUGCCGUAAAUAUAGCCUACUCGUGUAAAUUAUUUUCCUCGGACAUGGAGGUCAUCACCCUGAAUGCUCGCUCUCAGGAGGCGACCGACGAGACAAUCCGUUUCUACUUGGAACAAGUGGAACGAGACAUGACCUGCUUCGACGAGGAGUCGUCGUCGUCGGUGUCGUCAUACUUUUCCUCCGCAGUGGCAUAUUUCUGUGGCCUGUUCUUUUGGAAAUGGAAAAAAAAAAAGCACGAAGAUGAAGACGACGCAGUUGGACGUCGCAUAGGGACGUCGUUCAGGCAGAAGCGGAAGCGUGCGCUCGUCAUCGACGGGAGGACUUUGAGCUACGUCCUAGAGCGCAAAGCUGAUCGUCUGUUCCUUCGGCUGGCCCAGCAGUGCAGCGUUGUCCUGUGCUGUCGCGCAACGCCGUUGCAGAAGGCAUCAGUCGUGAAAAUGGUGAAAGACAGGCUCAACGUCCUGACAUUGGCCAUUGGUGAUGGUGCAAACGAUGUCAGCAUGAUACAAGCCGCAGACAUUGGUUUGGGAAUCAGCGGCCAGGAAGGAAUGCAAGCUGUCAUGGCGAGCGACUUUGCCCUCGCUCGAUUUCGAUAUCUGGAGAGGCUUCUGCUCGUGCACGGCCACUGGUGCUACGACCGACUGGCUCGGGCAGUCCUCUACUUUUUCUACAAGAAUGCGGCCUUCAUCUUCAUCCUCUUCUGGUACCAGCUGUAUUGCGGCUUCACGGGAGCUGUCAUGAUCGACCAGUUGUACCUCAUGCUGUACAAUGUGCUUUUUACUUCGUUGCCACCCCUCGUUCUUGGAAUCUAUGACCAAGAUUGUCCCGCGCACCUGCUUUUGAAACGCCCUGCUCUCUAUACACCGGGAAGAAAAUCUAAGACGUACACCAGGUACUCCUUCUGGAUAAACAUGUUGGACGCCCUCUACCAGAGCAUCAUCAUCUUUUUUGUGCCAUUUCUGGUGUACUAUGACAGCGACAUUGACAUCUGGGAGUUUGGCACAACCAUCUGCACAGCGUGCUUCUGCGUUCAGAUGCUACACGUAGCUGUGGAGUGCAAAUCUUGGACGUUGAUGCACAUGAUGUCGAUCCUGGUAAGCUGCCUCGUCUACUUUGGGUUUGCCCUCAUGUACAACAGCCUGUGCUACGACUCUCCGACGCUCCAGAACCCGUACUGGGUCAUGCAACAUGCCAUGAACAAUUCACAGUUUUGGUUCUGCCUGCUUCUCAUUCCAGUCAUCAGCUGCUUGCCAAGGUUUGUGGUGCGCGCCCUGCAGGCCAGCCUGACGCCCAACGACAUAUUACUGACUCUCGUGGAAGAGAAAAUGCGCAAACGUUCACGCGACUCGACCCGUUCGAUGGCGUGGUCGCAGGAGAGUGCUGCUGUAGUGUUCCGCUCGGCUAGUCCUCUGCGGGACGAGGUGGCCACCUUGUCGGUUCAGUGUUGCACGACGCAGGGUGGUGGUGGUGGCGUGCGACCCAGAAGCAGGGAUGUGCCGCCAGAGGCACUGGUUACGUAGCCCAUAUGAGGAAGGAACACUUAGUUUUGUACAGGUUUCAAAUUUGGAGGGUAUUUAAAACUGUCGUCUGCUUCUCGUUUCUGCAGUGACAAGGCUGAUGCGGCGUCACUCCCGGAUAUGGUGGCUACCGUGUGUCGUGCGAUUCAAUCUUAAAAAUCAGCCAUACAGCAAGGGGUCAAUGUAAUUGCGUCGACCUCCGUAGCUCCACCUACUGGUGGAUUUUAUUUGGCUCCCUUCUAAUGCCGAAUGUGGUUCAUAGAUAGACCCCUGUGUUUUUGGGUCUUGCUUUUUUUUUUUUUUUUUAAGAACAGGGAGGUGGAGGGGUAAAAUUUGGUAUUACGUCGGAAGCUGUAAAACAGGGUAAAAAUCAGGGGAUGUAUCGUUUUGUGUGAAACAGCCAGGUCUAACCCCGAACACAAGGUUGUGAGUAUGGAGUGUCAUUUGUAGAGUCUGAAGUUUUCGCGAAAUAUUUUUUCCUACAUUCGGGGGGGGGGGGGGUAAAAAUCGGGUAAAUAAACGUGCGCACUAAAUUCAUGCCAAUUCGGGUGAAAAAAAACUUCCAGUACGCUAAAUUUGGGGAGAAAUCGGGCUCAGUUAUUCAAACUAAGUGUAGCGGUUUGGUACAAACGGUGAUGUAACUGCAUUUUCCUGCCAAACAAGUAAGUUAGUGCAUUCCUACCGACAGCCCAGUGAGGGCAAUUUGCCGGGUAAAAAUCAGGUUUCACCCUAAAGAGGCAAUCUUCAAUUCGUGGAAGAAUCGGGUAAAACCCUAAAACUUCAGGCUCUAGUCAUUUGACUAUACCAGAACUGUAAAAUGACACCAUUGACGGCAGCGAUGAUGAGAUCAGCCUUGUCCGAAUGAGAGUGAGACAUUGAUUUGAAGCUACUUCAUUCUGUGACACAGACAGUGCUCUUUUCCUUCACUGCCCCGCAUGGUGGCCACGUGGCUGGACAUCCAACGUGAGCCAACGGGCUGCCAUAAACUGUGCCACGCAGUGCCUUGAUACCGGCCACGUUUCUUUCUUCGCAAACAAUGCACUCAAGGAACUAUGCAAAGCAAAACUUGUCAGUGAUACUAGUCAAGCAGUGUUUCCUCUCUUGUUCCAAGCCACAUUUCCUGCAUUAACUGUGCUGCAGUUUGUUUGUUUGACUGGCUUCCCAACUGCACUGUUUGUGCAGGAGUUGAGAUACUUAUGUUGUUUUGUGUGAAAUUAAGGUUGUUGAUUGUGAGAGAAGGUUGAUGAACCAUCAGUCACCUUUUUUUUUGUGUGUGUGUAUGUCAAGUGAUUUUUAUUUGUGUGGACACCUCACCUUUGAUUAGUUUUCUGCAAGUGAUUUGAGAAUGCAGACUUGCAUGUUUCAGGGGCCAAUGAGAAGAUAGUGCACACUGAUGUAUCAAGCAUGCUCUGAAUAGCUCUUAUGUUGGGUUCAAGAUUGCUACACGUAUCAGUAGUACACAAAAGCACCAACACAAUGUUGCAGGUGUUGCUUCUUACGUUUUUAGUCUGCACCGUAAGUUUGAGUAUUUUACAGAUUGGUCAGAAUGAAUUGUGCCAUAACAUGCGACUUUCUUGAGGGCGUUAGACGCACAUGUGUUUUAUACAUAAUGUAAAACCUAGCCGCUGUAAACCACAAAGAACGAAAAUUAAUUUCAAAAGUGGCGAUAGGUAGCGGUCCCCAUAUCUUACUACAGAUAUUGCUGCACUCACCAUAAAACAUGAUUAAGGAAGCAGAGUUAACUGGGCAUGACAUCAACAAGAAUGAAGAACAAGAUUCUACAUAUUUGCCAAAAUCACAUCCUCUUUGACUUACCAACAUUACUUUAUGACUUUAUUCAGCAUGACUAUUAUAAUGCUGGGAGUUGAUAUCUUGCAAUCAGACCAGAACUUAAGUGGCUUACAAUAGAAAAUAUGUGGACAAUACAAACAAAUUAAAAAAACAAAAUAAUAUGUAAAGGAAUCAAAAAUAUUAGCACCCUGCAGGGAAAGAUCACAUUCUAUUAAGACAACAUUGUACCAACGCGCCUCAGUUCUGCAUGCAAACAACAGACUUGAAGAAGGCGUGAUAAGCAGAUGAUGUAGCACAUUGAAAUUGUCGGCCAGACGCAGAUGAAAGGUCACAUGAAGGCCAUGAAGGGUAUGGUAAGCUUCCAUUCACAGAAGUAUGUCUUGCUAACUUAUUUGCUUUGUCUUUGGUGUAAGAAAAUGGCCAAAUGACCACCCUGUUGGAAUCAUAACGUGUAUGCAACCAAAGUGCUUCCACCUGUGAACAUUUUUUUUAUGCUCGAUGUUCCGCUAAAAUGUAUUGAUGAGGUCUUGACGCCUGUACAAAGAUGUAUCACUAUAGAUUCUUUUUCAGAGCACAACACAAAUCAAAUUAGUACAACAACCUGGAAGAGCUUGUGUACAUAAUAUAUUUUAGACAGAUUUAUAGAGAAACUAACUUUCACUGUGUACUAUACCAGGUACGGUGCAGCUUGUACAGACAAUACGAAGUUGACACAAUCCGCAUGCUGCAAAACUUGUGAUAUAUUUUUGAAGCGCCCCUAGCACUUGCACAAAGCAAGGUUCUGAAUAAAUUUGUACCAAUUUUA